CGUUGACAGCUGCGCAUAAAUAACGAGCGCCUUCUACCCCUCGCGGCCGCCCUUAUUCGGUGCACGCAGCAAUAGGCGUGCAGUGAGCGUCGCGACGGAUCGCGUCGCCGUCGCGCGUCUUCUUUUAUCGGGCAUCGCCCCUGACCUGCCGCCCUUGUUAUUAUCACCGCCGUCGACAUUUGCCUCAGUUUAGUGGUAUGGAACCUUCAGGUGGCAUGGAGUCCGUCGGUCUGGAGUUUCCAAAAAACCCAUUGCUGUGCCCCAUUUGCCAUGACUACUUUACCGAACCGUGCAUCUUAAGCUGUUAUCACACCUUCUGUGCCAGAUGCUUGCGAGGUCGAGAGCAGGAUAGGAGACUCGUCUGCCCGUUUUGCAGGCAGCCAACGAUGUUGAAAGACGGCACGGCCCUCCCACCUCCUGAUACCUUGAUGCGGCAACUGAUCGACAUCGCGAAUAGCGAAAAUCCGCCGUGUUCAAACUGCGACAAGAGAGAUAGGCAGAAUAUGUACUAUUGCAACACCUGUGGUAAAUUGUGUUAUUAAAGUAUACCCAUAAUAUACAGGGUGUCCGCAAAGUUGGGGUUUUCCUUUACAC